GGAGAACCCUGGACCAGACCCUAGAGGACCCUGGACUAAGUCCUGGAGAACCCUGGACCAGACCCUAGAGAACCCUGGACUAAGUCCUGGAGAACCCUGGACCAGACCCUAGAGGACCCUGGACUAAGUCCUGGAGAACCCUGGACCAGACCCUAGAGGACCCUGGACUAAGUCCUGGAGAACCCUGGACCAGACCCUAGAGGACCCUGGACUAAGUCCUGGAGAACCCUGGACCAGACCCUUGAUGGUACCCACCACCACUCUGACCCUGGAUGGUACCCACUACUGCAGUAAUAAACAUAGUGAACCCAGGCCGGGUAUGGUUGACCUCGGGGGGUCGUGGUCCUCGCCACAAAGUCCCAUGAUGUAGAGCGCUGCCUGCCAGGGCUGAUCAGCCACUUUCUGAAAGGAAAGAUACAAAGAGGACAGUGAAGAAGAGGUAAGGAGGACAUGAGGGAAGGUUAAAGACAUAUAGAGAAUACAGGUGAGAGGGGGGAGGCCAUGAGGGAAGGUUAAAGACAUAUAGAGAAUACAGGUGAGAGGGGGGAGGCCAUGAGGGAAGGUUAAAGACAUAUAGAGAAUACAGGUGAGAGGGGGGAGGCCAUGAGGGAAAGGUUAAAGACAUAUAGAGAAUACAGGUGAGAGGGGGGAGGACAUGAGGGAAAGGUUAGAGACAUGGGGAGAAUGAGCAAGCGUACAGGUUAGAGGAAGAGAGGGGAGGCACAGGGCCCGGGGGUAAUGGUGUGCAAUAGAGAGCUGGUAAACGAGAGAGGGAUUACCAUCGUUCACAUGUUGCACUCGAUCAUUCCCUCUAUUGUACAGGCAGACAAUAAGGGCCAAUCGGUGGAGGGCCAUAAAAAGGAUAGACGCACACAGACAGCCAACAACCCUGGACACAGACAGCCAACAACCCUGGACACAGACAGCAACCAACAGUUGUGGUGCAUUUAGGAGGACUGUGCUAUCCCAGGCUUCUCCUUGAUGCUGUACACUUUAGCAGGAGGGGGUACACUCUGUGGGGUGGCCGCCCUCGUGCUCCUCAUCGUGUCCACGGCGACCGACUUCUGGAUGCAGUACCGCUAUUCGGGAGCGUCGGCCAAUCAGGGCCUCUGGAGGUUUUGCAUCAAUCACAAGUGCCACGCCCACACCAUCACUGUGGCCUUCUGGGAUGCGACAAGGGCCUUCAUGCUGCUGUCUGUGCUGAGCUGCUUUGCUGGCGUAUUGCUGGGCCUGAGUGCCUUCGGCAAUGGCACCAAGAGCAGGAGGGUUCGGACUGGGGGCUUCGCUCUGCUCCUGUCAGGUUUCCUAGCUCUGUUAGCUCUGGCCAUCUACACUGGCGUGACGGUCAACUUCUUUGGCAAGCGCUUCCUUGAUUGGCGCUUCUCCUGGUCCUACAUCGUAGCUUGGGUGGCCAUCAUCUUAUCUUUCGCUGCUGGUGGGUUCCACCUCUGUGCCUAUCAGAAGAACAUUGCCGAACCACCUCCUACCAAUGUUCAAGAAAGCUAAAUGGGAAGUAAUCGUUUACCUGCACACUAAAGAAACAGCUACCAACCACUCGUCUUUACUAUUGUCACUGAUAGCAAUGUGACAGCAGCUGUGGAAACAUGUCUGGCAAAAUCUGCUGAACAGAAUAAAUAGGACUGCUUGACUUGGUCUCUAGUUCACUGCUUAGUCUUUUAAUCUGUUUUCUGGUUAAGACAAUGAAGCU